GCCCUGGCCCUGGCGUGUGGGAAGUCCCCAGUCACCUGGCAGCUGCCGCCCGAGGCCAGGAGGGCAGGGAGCAGCACCUGGAAGAUGAACCUGAAGGCUGCCGGCACCCUGAGAGCCGUGCUCUUCAUCUUCGCCUCCGUGUGCGCCUGGUAUUCUGGGUACCUGCUGGCACAGCUCGUCCCAGACGUGCCCCUGUCCAGUGCCAUCUACAGCAUCCGGAGCAUCGGGGAGAGGCCCAUCCUCAAAGCCCCGGCCCCCAAGAGGCAAAAAUGCGACCACUGGUCCGCGUGCCCCCCGAACACCUAUGCUUACCGGUUGCUCAGCGGCGGGGGCAGGGACAAGUACGCCAAAAUCUGCUUUGAGGAUGAGCUGCUCAUAGGAGAAAAGAUUGGAAAUGUUGGGAGAGGAAUAAAUAUUGCCAUUGUCAAUUAUGUGACUGGGAAAGUGAUAGAAGCACGGUAUUUUGAUAUGUAUGAAGGAGAUUACUCCGGACCCAUGACCAAGUUCAUUCAGGGCGCGCCUGCAAAGUCCCUGCUCUUCAUGGUGACCCACGAUGAUGGCAGCAGCCGACUGAAGGAGGACGCCAAGAAGACCAUAGAAGCGCUGGGAAGCAAAGAAAUCAGGAACAUGCGGUUCAGGUCCAGCUGGGUGUUUCUUACAGCGAAGGGCUUUGAACUCCCUGCAGGAAUCGAGAGAGAGAAGAUCAACCACUCUGAUGCUGCAAAGAACAGAUACCCGGGCUGGCCUGCAGAAAUACAGAUAGACGGCUGUGUACCGAAAGAGCUAAGCUAACAUUGUGCAGACUUAAUAAAUGUGUGUAUUUUUAUAGACAGAUGAAUCAUGGAAUGGCCCACGAAUCUUAUCAAACAGUCAAUAUUUGAUUUUAUGGGUUUUGUCGUCAACCAGCCAAUAUUUGCUACGUGCAUGAAAUCUUGGCACACAGUGUUUUUAUGCCAAUAUUUAUACAGUGAAAAUAUUAAUGAGCAGGAAGACUAAAAUGAAUGGAAAUUGUUCAAUGAAGGGGGUUUAACCUGGAACGGAGAGCGUUGGGGGAAGUAACCCCUGCUUGUGAGUGUGGAGUUAUUUUAUGAUCAGAUCUAAGCUUGACCCUAUAGUCAAGAGAGAAAGCCUUGAUUCCAUGAUCAUCGAGCACACCCUCUUACGGGACAGUCAUCUCCCAGGAGAAGGAGCAAUGGUCAGAGGGCGUGGCAAAGCUGCCCUGGUCAGUGCCAGUUGAGCCCUUGAACUCUUCCAGUGGGUGCGUGAGUUUACUCUUUUCAUGGACAAACCUGGGCACGUCCUGCCUUUGGCCACUGGGGGUGCAGGGACACAGCCUCUGCCUUCCUGCAGGGGUGUCACUGCCAGAGCCCCGACGGCCUGGAGGGUCUGGGCUCAGGAGGACAACUGUACAGUGCACGCCAGGCUUUCCAGAGGCGCAUCAAGAGCCACAUAUGGGAGAUACGCACGCUCUGAGAAGCGUGUCCCAUGAUGCAUCUGAUUUGGGACGAAGACCAUCGGGUCAUGGCCAAGAGCUCAUUCUAACCGUCUUUCCAAGCCUGGCUACCAGAAAAGCGAGGGGACUUUGGUGCCAGGGUAAUAUCGCUUCUCUGAGCCUCCAGUUCCUCAUGUGUCAGAUGGGAGAAUUAGGGUAGAAGAAUGAGCCCAAGCAUUUUUAUCAGCAGUAAUCCUUUGAAAAACAUGGUAGCACAUGGCAGCCUGGAUUUCAGCAUCCUGGCCAUAUCAAACCAUCCAACCUCAGUGGCUUACAACAGCACUGAUUUCUCCCUCAGUAGUUACACCUGGGCCACCGCGCAGCUGCGACUGGGCCCUGAGCACUCAGCCAGGCCGGAGGAGGGUCCCCGUCAGGCACAGAAGCCAGAGAGCAGAAUGCACAUGCCCAGGACUCCGUGUGAGCCCCACCUCCUCACACCUGUCGCCAGGCCCAGCCUGGGGCGUGUCCACAGUGUGGCAGUGGGUGCGGUAAAUAUCCAUGAUACAGGACUACAAUGACUAUGGGGUGUGUGUUUUUUUUACUUUUAUUAGCAUGCAUUUGAUUCUGAGUUUACUCCCGCGCCAUAGUUUUUAUUUCCUCAAUUUC